ACCGCAAGGCCGGAGCUCGAUAGGAAAUUUCUGGCCAGGAAGCUUCAGGUCUGGGGCAGUCUGGCACGGAAUUCGAGCACAAUGCUUCCCAGCAGAGGACUUCUCCGGGCGGGCCCUUCGUCGGGGCUCGCCAGAGCUACAUUCCAGCUUCCUUCUACACGCGCUUUAUCGAGGCGAUUCGGCACCGCUCUGCGCACCAACAACGUGACAACGCCGAGCCACACAUUUCGCCCCAGUACCAGCGUGCUCGGCUCCCGACGGAUAGGCGGAUCCGUUGCGAUCACGGCGGCCCCUCAACAAGUUAUCUUCUACCUCGGACAAGCCCGCUAUGCCUCGACGCAACCUGCCGCAGCCGCCAUCUCCGGUGCGCUGCCGGCUGCACCCAGUCCCGCCCAAGAUCUCUCUGAGCUCGCCCACAUCUCGUCAACGCCAAUUGACCUGACAGGCAGCGACCUCCUGAAUAUUCCCGAGCAGAUUGGCUUCCUCAAGACCCUGGGCCUGGAUUACGGCUGGGGACCGACCGCCGUGAUGGAGUGGGCCCUCGAACACAUCUACGUCGUCGGCGGCCUUCCUUGGUGGGCGUCGCUCGCAGCUUUGGCCGUUGCCAUGAGGGUCUUCAUCUUUAAGCCGUCGCUGACGGCUGCCGUCCAUUCCCAGAGGAUGCAGGACCUCCGCAAGACCCCAGCCUACGACAAGGCAAUGAAGGAGAUGCAGGAGUCCAUGUUCAAGGGCGGAGACAAAACAGCGGCAAUGGAGGCGAGGAAUAAGAUGCGCCUCAUGAACAAGGCCGCUGGGUUCAAGCAGUGGAAGACGUUCUUCCCCUUAGUCAACAUUCCGCUGGGAUACGGCAUGUUCCGGCUCUUUCGCGGUAUGGCGGCCCUCCCGGUCCCGUCGCUAGAGACCGGGGGUACUCUGUGGUUCCCGGACCUCACGAUAGCGGACCCCUACUUCGUCUUACCGCUGUUGACGGCCUUCUUUUUCGUGCAGGGGUUCAGGAUACCGCUUCCUUACAUGGCUCCCGCGCAGCAAAAGACCAUGAGGAUCAUGGGAGUUGUCAUGCUGCCGCUUUCCCUAGUCUUCACUCUAUUCCUGCCAUCCGGAAUACAGUUUUAUUUCCUGUGUACCGGUUCUCUGCAGUUCCUCCAGACCUGGCUCUUUUACCAAUCCUGGUUCCGGCGCUGGACUGGCCUGGGACCCCUUCCCUCCAUCACUGGGCCGACCGAGCCCGUCAAGAUGAAGCCAGGCCAGUGGCAAGCCCCGAGGACAAUCGAUGCCACUGCCAGAGCCGUCGGCGUGGCACCAAAGAAGGAGAAUUUUUACGAAUCCAUCAAAGGGGGCGUAGGUGCUGUGAAGGAAAAGUUCAACGACUAUAGCGCGAACAGUGACAAGAAGGUCGAUCACAAGAAGUCGAAGGAAUACCAAGAACGCAGGGUUCUCGAGGAGAGGGAGAAGCACGGAAAGGCCGAAGGCCUGACUGAAAUUCACGGGGAUUUCCCUUUUGUUCAAGAGUCCGUCAUGUCACCGCACCCGGCCGCGUCGGUUCCGGCCAUCUGA